AUGGCGGCCCCGCACCCUCUCGACCCCAACGUCACGGACGCUGUCGUUGUCGUGGCGCCGUACCUCGCGGCCGUGGCCGUUGUUGACAAGGCCAAGCUCCAGCUCCAGGCGUCCAUUGUCUCGACGCUCAUGCAGUGCGUCCCGAGCUGGCGCGACGUCACGCGCGACUCGGUCGACGUCGAGCACGUGGGCGGCGCCAUGACGAACCUCAUCUUUGCCGUGCACAAACCCGACGGCGAGCACUGCGACGUGCUCGUGCGCGUGUACGGCGAAGGCACCGAGUCGUUUUUCUCGCGCGUGGACGAGACGCGGCUGUUUCAGCUCUUGAGCGAGCAGGCCAUUGGCAUUGCGCUGCUGGGGCAGUUCGCCAAUGGGCGCGUCGAGAAGCUCAUUAACGGCUCGACGUACACGAACCGGCGCAUGCGACACGCGCCCGAGUCGCGCCUCAUUGCAAAACAGCUGCGCACGUUCCACGAACUUUCCAUUGACAUUCCCCGGAACCCGACGUUUCUCGCGAGCAUCCGGAAGUUGCUGCAAGUCGCGCGGUGCAAGUGCACGUGCGACAAGUUCCACGACGUGAUGGACUUCGAGCAGCUGGCGCGCGACGUGGACGCGCUCGAGCAGCUGGUGGCGACCGUCCCGUCUCCUACGGUCCUGAGCCACAAUGACUUGCAGUAUGGCAACAUUAUGAAGAACGAGGCCGGGGAGGCCGUGCUGAUUGACUUUGAGUACACGAGCUACAACCCGCGCGGGUACGACGUGGGCAAUCACUUUUGCGAGUGGGCGUUCGACUACCACAAGACAGUGAACGCCCACCUCGGCGACUUUAGCAAGUACCCGACCGCGGACGAACAGCGCACGUUCUGUCGCGCGUACUUGGCCGGCAAAGACGGCGACGAGCAACACGUGAGCGCACACGACGUGGAACAGCUGCGGCUCGAAGCCAACACGUACUCGCUGGCGUCGCACCUCUUUUGGGCCCUCUGGGGCUACAUCCAAGCGGCGCAGUCGACGAUCGACUUUGACUUUCUGGCGUACGGCCAGUGCCGCUACGACGCGUUCGUGUCGCGCGUCACGCUGAAGAACUGA